ACAAGUAUAAAAGAAGGAUUACUACUGAAGCAAACCAGUUCUUUUCAGAGGUGGAAAAAGCGUUACUUCAAACUUCGAGGUCGUACCCUUUACUAUGCUAAAGAUUCAAAGUCACUAAUAUUUGAUGAAGUUGACCUGUCAGAUGCCAGCGUAGCUGAAUCAAGCACAAAAAAUGUCAACAACAGCUUCACGAUAAUAACUCCAUUUAGGAGGCUAAUAUUGUGUGCUGAGAACAGAAAAGAAAUGGAGGACUGGAUAAGCUCUUUGAAGUCAGUUCAGUCCAGGGAACACUAUGAGACCGCACAGUUUAAUGUGGAACAUUUCUCAGGGAUGCAUAACUGGUACGCCUGCUCCCAUGCCCGACCUACCUUCUGUAACGUGUGUAGAGAGAGCCUCUCUGGAGUCACUUCUCACGGCCUGUCUUGUGAAGUGUGUAAGUUUAAAGCACAUAAAAGAUGUGCUGUCCGAGCAACAAAUAACUGCAAAUGGACUACGUUAGCCUCGAUUGGAAAAGACAUCAUUGAAGAUGAAGAUGGUAUAGCUAUGCCUCACCAGUGGUUAGAGGGUAAUCUGCCCGUCAGUGCCAAAUGCGCAGUCUGCGACAAGACUUGUGGCAGUGUUUUACGCCUGCAAGAUUGGAAGUGCCUUUGGUGUAAAGCUAUGGUUCACACUGCCUGUAAAGAUCUGUAUCCUCGUAAGUGUCCACUUGGCCAAUGUAAGGUAUCGAUCAUACCGCCAACAGCACUAAACAGUAUAGACUCUGAUGGUUUCUGGAAAGCCACAUGCCCGCCAUCCUGUGCCAGUCCUCUUUUAGUUUUUGUUAACUCAAAGAGUGGAGACAAUCAGGGAGUAAAGUUUCUUCGUCGAUUCAAACAGUCGUUAAAUCCAGCUCAGGUGUUCGAUUUAAUGAAUGGAGGACCUCACUUAGGUUUGCGGUUAUUUCAGAAGUUUGACAACUUCAGGAUUCUUGUGUGUGGUGGCGAUGGAAGCGUGGGUUGGGUCUUGUCAGAAAUUGAUAAGCUCAGCUUGCACAAACAGUGUCAGUUAGGAGUGUUACCCCUUGGUACUGGAAAUGACCUGGCACGUGUCCUCGGUUGGGGAGGAUCCUGUGAUGAUGAUACGCAACUUCCUCAGAUUUUGGAGAAACUAGAACGAGCCAGCACGAAAAUGUUAGACAGGUGGAGUAUAAUGUCAUAUGAACUGAAAUUACCAGCAAAGCCUUCUAUUCUUCCAGUGACUGCAGAAGAGUCGGAGGAAUGCCAG